CAGCGCAUCCUCGGAGAAACUUCUCAAUGGCGGCAGCCAGGCGGUAGGCAGUACGAGUGACGACACCGAAUCUAAAGCUCCAUUGACGCGCUUGCGAAGCCGCAUGCACCGCAGACGCCCCCUUCGGCGUCUUCAACGUUAGCUGCUCCCCUUUCCCGGUAGCUGCGUGCCGCGUUGUUUACGGUGGCUGGAAAAAGAUCGCGCAGUUCGACGUCGCGUUACCAGCGAUUGGCACUUCGCAAAUUCGGGAUCAUUAGAGAAAUGACGGCUUCAGACCCCUAAAUGACUCCAGCCAUGCAAUCCAAGAAGCAUAUGAAGGCCGUGUUCAAGGAAAUCAAAGAUGGGAAACAAUCGAGGGUCUUCAUGCAGAGUGAUGUGGACAUUCCUAAGAUUGACAAGUAUUCCGUGUUGGUUAGUGUGAAAGCGUGUGGUCUCUCCACCAGUGAUGACAAGGUGUUGAAAGUGCUCUACAAGGACCAGUCCAAGACUAAAUUCCCAAUGUGUCAUGAAAUCGCUGGUGUGGUGGUCGAGGUCGGAGACUGGGUUACAACUGUGGAGCGCGGGGACGAAGUAGUGGGCUUGAUUCCUCUAGACUACAACCAGUCUGGGUGUGCUGAAUACGUACGUUUAAAUGAAUACGAUGUCACCAAGAAGCCACAAGGUGUAAGUUUUGUCGAUGCCGCCGGCUGCAUUGGUGAUGCCGUGAAGGCCUACACGGGCUUGCAUUACCUCGGGCGUCUCACAAGCGGUGAUACUGUUCUAGUCAUGGAUGGAGCAUCUUCGUUUGGAGCUAUCGCCAUUCAGCUGGCUCAGCACUGGGGUGCCAAGGUUAUCACUACUGCAAGCUCAGAUGACGAAGUGCUUUACCUGGAAGGGCUUAAGGGCCAGGUUGCCCGGGUGGUAGACCUUCGCAAGACGGACAAUUUUGUCUCUGGCACCGACUUUCACCCGGCUUACAUGAUUGGCUCUGGCAGCAACAAUAACAACAAUGCCAACAGCAACACCGGUGGAAAUGCCCGUGCACUUUUGCCAGCCUGUAUGCAGGAGUCCGGAGGCCUUGGAAUAGACCUCGUGCUGGACAAUGGCGUGACGCAGUUUGCGGAGACGAGUUACCGCAUUCAGGUGGAGGACACUUAUGACCAUCCGGUGCCAAGCAAGCACGACAUCGUCUCCUGCCUUGCAGUGGGUGGCCGUUGGAUUACUUCCAAGAGUGAUCUCCAGCUGGACCCACCACAUUCCCAGAUGAUGUUCAUGAAGUGUGCCUCAAUCGGAUUCCUUUUUGAGCAAGCUUGGAUCCUGUCGUCGACACAGCAGGGUCGUUACUUGCAUAUCCUGAUGGACAUAAUGGAAAAGGUUUCCAGUGGUGUGAUAAGGCCGAACAUCCACCACACAGUUUCUUUCGAGUCCGUCCCCGACGCUCUCGAGAGCCUUACAGACGAGAGAGUCGGCAAAGUCGUGAUGAAGAUGAAGUGAACGAAGCAGCAUGCUGUCGCCAUGCAGAGGUGUUACGACCCGGUGCCUCUUGCUCGUAAUAUUCUCGCUACCACAGGGGCCCAUUAAGCCCUUUUCUUCGUCUUUCUAGUAGCCAGUAGCUUCAAGACUACCUCUACUUGUUUGUGACGUCUUUUUUUUUUUGUCGGGCAUCAACCCGAGCGGCACUACUGCACUUGCUCUGCUUUUGUCGCCCAUUCCUCGAACACCGUAGUGCUUGCCACCGACGGUGGCCCUAGUUUGCGAUGGCAUUAGAAUUGCACACGUGCGAUACGCUAGCAAAAAGGAAAUGCACACCUUAACUUGCUCAUUUGUGUAGCACAUGUCGUGCGACAUCCUUAUGAUAGAAUAGAAGCGCUUGACUAUGAUGUCUCAAACCCCUUUGCACGAGCUCUUGAGACUAGCUAACUGUUGUUAUAAAUGUUUGGUUUCUGUACAGGAAGUGCAAUGGCAUAGUUUCGGAACAUUCAGAUGACACUUUCUUUGAAAAACAUUUUUGAUGUUUAGGCCCCGCUUAGUUUGUGGCUAGUCAUGGUGGGAUGUUGUGAACGAAUAGCACUGUAUGUACAUGCACUUAAUUGAGUUGUAGCCUGACAAGCCAUUCAAUAUGUAUAUACUCACGAGCACGUUGUAGAGUGAAGUGCAUGUGGUUGCUUCUGUCGUCUGGGCAUUAAGGUGGAGAAUGAGUGAUGGUUUUUGCUGUUGCAUUUAUCGAGCUUGAAAUCUCUGAAACCAGACAAAAGUAUUAUUAGAAAGAAGGCCUUCGUGCAUGUCCACUUUGACUGAAGAGUGAACGUCUGACAAUUCUGGUCUGUCUGUACAUAUGAAGAGCCUGUCCCAGUGUUAUAAACUCUUGGUGACGUACCUAUGUUCUGUUUGAGUAUUUAGAACAGCAUUUUGUUAACUGUUAGGUGUGAGAAAGUACUUCAUAAGCAUCUCCUUUUACAUUAACCUAUCGAUCAGAAUCUUGAACAAAAACAAUGCUUGUGCACUUUAUUUGUGAAUCUUACGAAAAGUACUGACCACCGGUGUGUUGUGUGCUAAACAUUCCUGUGACUGAACAAACUUGAUGUCAUGUUCAAAGAAUGUCGUUUGUUUUCUGCCUGUUGUUUAAAACGCCGUGAGCUAUAAAAGUUAAAGAAACAUGUUUGUCUGUGUGGUGCAUAAAUUUUAGUCUAGGCAGUAGAGCCUUAGCAAUUGGUAAAGGUACUCGGAGUCAUGUGGACAAUUGGCAGAUAUAAAACACAAGUUCUGAACAUGCAUUUUAUGGUGUGAAGGAAAAAAAAAAUCCGAGUUCUCCUGUCUCUCAUUCCCCCUUAGCAGCCAUUGGCAUGUACAUUGAGCACUAUCUUUUAUUGUUCAACAACGCACAGAAGCAAUCUCUCACCGGCGCCACCGUGGACGUCAAAAUGUAAUACUUGUUACACACUACUACUGCGGCCACAAAAGACGAACGGGUGCCGCUAUAAGGAGCUUCGCCUCUAAAAAGAAAGUGGAUACCAAAUUACAAUGUAGUGAACAUGUUUCUUGGUGUGUUGUCAUAGGCAGGAAUAGGGUUCCCCUCUAGGUGGGGCGGGAGGCAAAGGUACGUCGCAGCUCUAUUGUGUCAAUAUAUGGGGCCUUCUAUUGUUACCAUUUGUCAGUGACAAUUUUGUAGUGUGAUAGCAGACAGGUCGAAUCAUGUUAUAAAGGCUAAAUCAUUCCAGUCGCAGUUUUUGAAAUGAGGGGGCUACUGGAAUAAUUGCGAAAGUGGCAUCACUUUAACUAUCAAAUGCUUUUCAUUGCUUGUGAAUGACAUUCAACACAAGAAGGUUUUGCCAUACCCUUUCAUACCUUUGUAUUCUAAAAGUUAUUUUUGUCCAGGUGAUACAGCAUACAUAACUUUUGUGAUAAUUUCAUUGCAAUCCACACAAAGUUUUUAGAUAUGCUGAGCAGGUCACACUAGAAUAGGUCCGUAACGACAGUGCUGUGCAAACUUGAAAAUUUUCCAUGAUCAUAUCCCUUAGACACUGUUGUAGCUAGUAAGUUUCGUACAUAUUUAUCUGCAUUCUCUUCUCUCCUCACAGUCUUCUUGUCAACUAUGGGGCUACCAUUUCUUUUCUAAACACAAAUUUCUAUCACAUCAAUUUCAGAGGUGAGCUAUUUUCACUCGGAUGCUUCUCCUCAAGUUCCCACGCAUUUUUUUUUUCGCAGUGUGGGGCAAUUUAGAAAGCUUAGCGUCGCAGUUAUCGAGAUAGAUGUAACUUUAUACUACUCGUGAUCUCAUAACUGCAUUGUUAACUUCUAUCUAUUCAACUAGCUUUUUUUUUUCAUACAACACGCUAUUUUCUUGCAAGUUAUCGCUUCUUUUAAUUAAGCAUCAAGUAACGUGAUGCUUGCUAGGCACAAAUUUAGAACUAGCAAGGGUCAUCUAACGCUUGUGUAUCCUCUGUGACAAUGAGGCGGCUCUACGAUUGUUCAAAGAACUAUGGAAAACUACAAGUCUUGGUUGAAAAAGUAAACGAAAGAACAAAAAAAAAAAAGAGAGAAUACUUUACAGGCGCAGUUGACUGGGUGUUUCAGAGAGCUCCAUUGGAACUACGGAAGUCGUGUAUAAGGCCAGGCCGCACUGCGGGCUUGAGUCAUCUGCACCGGUGAUAUUGAAGCAAACUGAUCGCUCCUAGGCCCUCUAAAUUCUUGUCACAUAAAAAAGGUAACUUUAGCACGACUUGUGUAAGCACAUCAUCUGGCACUGCUGGAGAAGUACGGAACAGCCAUUUCGGCAUGCCCCCAGACAUUGCAGCAGGAUUGCUGGCGAUUCAUGUUCCUAACCCAUAAUGGCAACAGUGCCAUUAGCAUAAUUGUAACACACUGAACCCUGUAGACACCACUGGUGUUUAUGGUCACAUACACGUGUCAAUUAGGCAUGCCCACGAGCGGUUCUUUAACUUAGCUAGAAUUUGCCUGUGACUAAAUAAAACUUCCGGUUUAGCUUCUUAGCAAAUGUUCUGGUGACAAUAAUGAAAAAGAUGCGACUUGCAUUGUAAUUUGGUAUGCAGCUACUGAGACAUUUGGAAAAUGUGAGCUGCCUAUUUCAAUUCACAAUAUUCAGAAAGAAUGUAGACUGUCUAUAUUUGCCAGGAGUUGCACUAAACUGCAUUAGCAAGCUUCACUUUGAAGAAAGGUAUGAUUUUUUAAAACCAUUGCUAGUGUGAUUGACAACAACAAAAAAAAACCACCUUAUGUUGAAGUUUGUGACUCCAGAAACUACAAUGCUGGUGAUUAGUGAUCAUUGGAAAAAAAAAAGCAUUUUACUCGAAGAAACAGUCAACCAAGUGAAAUUAGUAUUGUACCAACUUGUGGAUCAGUUCACUGCUACUGUACAAGCACUAAGGUUUGACCACUUUACACUGAGAAAAGUUGCGCGAGAUUAAUGGCAUUAGCAAUUAAAAGGUAUCAGCACUUAGCAACACAAAAAGUGCGUAUAAGUAGGCAACACCAACCACAAGCCUAUGCCACGAGGGCACAAAGGGUGACAUCAAGUUGCUUAAUGCCUUAUAGAUAAAUGUCGUUCGCACGGUGCCAAAUGGACAUGCUUAACAUCACAGCUUUAUGCCAUUUAUGGCAUAGUAUAUGCAACUCAUUUGGCUGUUAAGUGCAUACAGCUUCUCCCCGUGUCCACUGGUUACAACUGUGUACAAAUAACAUAUUUCUACAAGAAUGUGUUUUAUUACUGUUUUCAUUGCCGCUUCUUGCAAAUUUAUUACCUGAUCCCAAGUGUCGUGGCUCUCAUCAUUCAAUCGAGAAGCAUGCCUCUGUGCUAAAGCACUCCUCCUGCUGAUACCCAGUAAGUUUUUGUCCUUUGAGUGUCUAACUCAAGAUGGCUUGUUGUUGCACCACUUGAAUAAUAUGUGGUGGAGCCAUUCUAUUGUGUAAAACACUCAUAGAAAUAAGUACGAACCCAUGC